AUGAAAACAAGGAGAGGCGGGUGGACGGUUAUACAAAAACGAGUAAAGGGAUCCUUAGACUUUGACAGGGACUGGCUGGAGUAUAAGAAUGGUUUCGGUUCACCGGAACAGGAUGUUUGGAUAGGAAAUGACGUAAUUCAUCAGUUAACAAAAGGUAACAACUCGUCCCUUUAUGUCUCCAUCACUCUCCAGAAUGGUAAGAGGCUGUACGAGUUGUACGAAAAGUUCGCCAUUUCUGACGAAGCAGAGAAGUAUAAACUAUUUCUAGCGGGGACUGCAGAUGGGACCUUAGGUAGGUGA